AUGGCUAGCGCGCCCCGAGAGAGCUUACAAGUGGAGCCUGCAGUGAAAGCUAGAGGAGCAAACCAUGAUUUGCGGCAGAAAAACAACCGCGCCUCGCACAACUGGCAAAAAGUCAGGCUUGCGCUGGAGAUGGAAAAGAAAAAUUGGGUGAAAGGAGCUCAAGAUGAUCGUAAUAAACUUUUGAAGCAACGCGAAGUGCUACGGAGCACAUCGUUGAAUCUAUCAAGUUCCGAUUCGGUUCAAACAGAGGAAGGAGCCUCCGCACAACUUAAGCCACGUCCGCUGUCUUUGAAAGAUGUAUACGAUGCGUUGUUAAAGUCUUCUAAACAACAGCCAAACAACAACGGAUCCGACGUGAAAAGCGUAAAAUCCGAACCAGCGCCAGCUUUAGACAGACGCCAAUCGACUGUAAGCUUUGAACAGAAGCGAGUGGGUAGAAAACCAAUCACUUUCUCUUUGCACGGACUACAGAAAGCAAACAGCAAUCUGCAGAGUAAAAACAAGCUAUGGAGAAAGCUCAACAGCGGGUUCUCACAGCUGAGGAUUCAAAUCAAAUCGAGCGACCUCAAUCUGGACCACCGCCAAGCCAUUUCGACCUGAACGAGGAGGAACUCAGCUUAGGACCGACGCUAAAACUUCCACCAACACAUCUACCACCCAUAACGAAGGGCAUUUCUUUUAAACCUCAUGUUCGGAGUUUUAAAAAGGACGAAGAGUUUAAGAAGCGAGCAAAAGGCGGCGAACAUUCAUUUGAUGAUAUUCGCUACUGCCGAUAUCUACGAAAGAGAGGGCGUUCAAGGUCUGAUACAACUGAACCAAUGAAACUGCAUCAACAGCGCCGAUCUGCUAGAUCUUUACCCUCAUAA